AUCCCAUCCCAUCCUUGCGUCCAGUCAAUCAUUGCGGGAGCCCUGGGCCCUUAAUCGCUUUGAUCGCCUUGAUCGCCUUGCAAAUAUGCCACCCUCCCAGUGCUUUCCGGGCUUUGCCCUGCUGGCACUUGACAGGGCCGCCCACCACUCAAUUGCAUCGCGAAGCCUUCUCGCCUUGCCGCACACACCACGCUUCUCGACCUCAGCCCCGCGAUACGGUCCUCCUCCAAGGAAGGGCAUGGUUGCACCUCCCAAACGGGGGACGAAGACCUUGAACGUCAAGAAGGGGAAGUCGUCACCCAGUCGAGACACCACCAAGCGGCCCGCACCAGGAGACCGGAAAGCACUGCGGAAACGAAUCGUGCUCAGCAACAAUAAUGCAUUGGAAGUCCCCACAUUGCAAGACCUGCACAAGGACACUGUGUUGAGCGGUGAGAAUGAAGGCCUGGUGAAGGGACUGCCAGAGGAUGUUGUAGAUGCCCUGAGGGCUGUGGAAGCGUUCAAGCCGACACAGGGAUGGAGGUUGUUCCGGAGACCAGCGAUUCUGAUGAGGAAGGAGACGACGCUGUUGGCUGCGCUGUUCCGGGAGGUUGAAGGCACCGCAAAUGGACAGGCGAAGAUGACGGUGCGGAAAGUCUUGAUUGGAGAGAGGAUGAGUGGGAAGAGUACCAUGUUGCUUCAAGGCUUGACCAUGGCUUUUAUGAGGGAUUGGGUGGUGGUCAAUCUCCCAGAUGCAAAGGACAUUACAAUCGCUCACACCGAAUACGCACCCCUCCCCGGCUCCCAACCCACCCAAUACACUCAGGACAUCUACACGGCGAACCUCCUCUCCCAAAUCGCCAAAGCGAAUCAAUCUAUCCUAGGCAACUUACCUGUAACUACAAACCACAGUCUCCCAAUCCCCCUUCCUUCCAAAAGCACCCUGAAACAACUCGCCGAACUCGCCAUCACAAACCCCGAAGCCUCCUGGCCCAUCUUCGUCGCCCUCUGGAAAGAACUCACCCAACCCGGCCGUCCGCCAAUCAUGCUCGCCAUCGAUAACCUCUCCCACAUCAUGCGAAACUCCGAAUAUCUCUCCGCAGACGUCAAACCCAUCCACGCCCACGACCUCGCCCUAGUCCGGCACUUCGUUGACCGCCUCGCCGGCAAAACCCCGCUCCCCAACGGGGGCAUGAUCCUCGCCGCAACAUCCGGCUCCAAUGCACCAACAUCCCCGGCCCUCGAUUUUUCCAUCCAGGUCGCGGAAGCGCGGCAAUUGAAUCCCGAGAGCAUCCCGCAAUGGAAUCCGUAUAAAAACGUUGAUCAGCGUGUUAUGGAGUGCCUAAAGGACGUCGGCGUGUUGAAGGUGGCGGGAUUGACUAAGGCGGAGGCGAGAUCGAUUAUGGAGUAUUAUGCUGCCAGUGGAAUGUUGAGGGCGCAGGUAACGGAGCCGUUUGUAACUGAAAAGUGGAGUUUGGCGGGGAUGGGGAACAUUGGGGAGUUGGAGAGGGUGAGUGUUCGGUUGAGGGUAUGAGGGUUGGUUGAGUGGUGGAUUGUAGACGGGCGUAAACAAGAGGGCUAGGUGCAGAGUUGGUGUACUAUAGGCGCCAGUGAUCUAGCUAGCUUUCAGGAGCUAGGAUCUCGGCUGUAUGACUUUUAGUAUGAGAAAUGUAUUAUACACAACCAGGAUCUCUUUUCAAUCCCUCGCGC